UGCUUCCUUUUUGUGAAAAGAAUCUGAUGUGCUAGGAGUGAAAAUAGACUUCAGAACAUAUUUAGAAGGUACAGUUGGAGGAGAACAAUUUCCCAAACAUUAUAAAAGCUACCAGUCUCAGAGAUAGAAACAAUGCAGAUUCUACUGCCAGUGACACUGCUGCUCUACUGUCUAACAUAUGCCAAUGGAUUCUGCUCUGUAAAAUGCGGCCAGUCAGUUACGGUGACUGAAAACUGCACUGAGCUCUCCUGGUCAGAAGUUAGCAACUGUAGUAACAUGCAAACCGUGAAUGUGACCAAAAACUCCAUCAAGCAUGUGAAGACAUAUCCAAACUCAACAUACAACAAACUGACUUCUCUGGAUAUGUCUUACAACAGCAUUCAAAUACUUCCAGAAACAUUUCUAUACGAUGCUGCUUUACUGGAAGAAGUUAUCCUUGCUCACAAUAUGAUUUCAAAACUACCAGAAAUGUUUUUGGUAAACUCUUCCGCUUUAAAACGUUUGAAUCUUGUAGGAAAUCCAUUAUCCUCCAUUCCCACUAGUGUUUUUCACCCCAGUCUUAAGUACUUGAGUAUUAAUUGCGAAUGUACAGUUGUACAAAGUACAAUGAAUGCAAACAGGUUUUGUCACAAUGUCACAGAAUGUUCUUUUAUAUGCCAGAAAGGAUCAUCUAGGUUUGACAUCGAAGCCUUCUAUCAAAAAGAAUGCAGAAGUGUUUUGUUGGCUUUGUACAUAGUAAUUCCCAUUGUGGCUGUUGCACUACUAGUGGGAGGAAUGACUUACUUCAUUUGUUCUAAGAAAAGGAAAGAGGCUAAUUUUGAAAGCAACAAAAAUGCAGACAAAUCACCUGCUCAUGGGCAGCCACGUUAUAUGACAAGAAAUAUGGAAAACAUAUCUCCAGCAACAAAUCAAACGAUGCAUCCAGGGAAGGAUUAUGAGAAUGUCGUUAUUGGUCAAUGGCAUCCAGAUCAAGAGAAGCCGUACACUUUCAUUGAACAAAGGAGAUGGCAGGCUGGAAACCGCAAUGAAAUGGGAGAAGAUGACAUAUAUCUGGAAAGCGAUGUAACUGAUGGUGACCAGCCUAUCUAUACUAACACGCAAAAUGUCUACUAUAGUUACACGGAGUCUGGUCAGAUGAACAAUAUGAACAAGGAAGAGGAUGAUGUAUAUAUCUUACCAGAUCAAUAAUAACAGAAACUGAAGUAUUUACAUAAACCAGCUGGUUUGCUAUCUUGGACAGAAAAUUACAACAGUGGAAAAUGUGUCCUUUCUGAAUCUUGUCAAAACUCUUUCCUUAUAAAGACUUUAAUACACAGGCAGUAUUUCUGCUAUUGAAGCUAUAUAGCCAAAUAGUAUUAAUACAAUUAAAUGCAUUUCACAUACCAUGUAACUAUAUGUGUUUAGCUUGAAAUGGUCCAGUGAAAAUAAAGCAAACUGCUCAGAAGAGGGCAUUUAUCAGAACCCAGUCAUGUAUAUGCCCUAGACAAUUAUUGUUCCAGUAAUAUUGUCCAUGGAACAAAAUACUAACAUUGCUUUUAGGGACAUAGAUCAUAAUGGGACAACAUCACUAAAAGUAGACCUCCAAUGAGUAAAAUUUGGACACUUCUGCUGAAAGGGGACAGGGUGCAAAGUUCUCAAUUUUCAUAAUUAAGGUAAAAAAUUAUAGCAUGCUAAUAUUGUGUAUGUGUGCAAUGUGUCUUUGUUAUAACUUACUGCAAGGCCCAGAAUUAUUAUUAUGAAUGCAAUUCAAAGCAGCUUGUUUGCCAUAGCCCUCUGGUCUCUUAUAAGCCCCUGGGCUAUAUUUUCUGGCUGAACUACAAACUGUGGUUGUAAAACUACAACUGAACUAAAACCUGGCACAAUGCGACAAAAUGCCAGGUUUCCACAACUAAGACUGGCAGGCCAGGGCAAAUCUUCUUUUCUACUUAGAAAAUCAAUAGAACAUGAGUCAGGGAGACAUGUGUUCAGUUCUGAUAAUGAUACCUGCUUUAACCCUUUAGACAAGUUACUUAUUUCUGUGCCUUAGGUUCCAGGUUUCUGGAGGAAUAGACGUGAAUGUAAUAAAAUGUCUUACUGAGAAAGUCAUUAGAUUUGUGCCCACAAAUUGAAUGAAUUCUAAUGAAGAAUAAGAAGCACAAUGUGAAAUGCGAUUUUUUCCGUUUAAACGUUUUUUGUGUUAUUCCCAUUAGAUUGUAACUUCAUUGGGCAGAGAUCCUAGAUCCUAUAUGUAUCUAAAAACAAAUCUGUGUAUGUUACUGAUAAGAAUAAAGAUUAUAAUAAUAA